UGGAGGGGGACUGAUGCGCGUCUGAAUUAUACUUCAGAAUGUUUUUCUUCUUUAUUCGAAGUGGCGUUGUCAGGCAAACACGAUGGUGGCGUGUUUCUUCAGUGUAAUUUGUCGCGUUAUUCUCAGAGGAAGUUCUGACUGUUUCUGACAAGUUUGGAAUAUAUUGUCCUGUCGUAACGGUAGCCAGGUUGUUCCAAACGGGAAUCGAGAGCUGUUCCGAAAUGGAGGAGAGUGGGGGCUCCCGAGCCGUGAUCAACACGAGCAGCAACCCCUACCUGGAGUUCGACCAUUUAUCCACCGUGUCCAGCAUCCCUUGCGAUAAACAGUUCAUCAAGAGCGCGGCAGGACUGCUGGCUUGUGCGGAGGUGGUGCUUGGUCUGCUGGUGUGUGGACUGAUCGCCGGUACGGACUACUUCCGCAUGUCCCCGUUCGGCUGGGUGAUGUUCGUGGCCGUCUUCUACUGGGUGCUCACACUCUUCCUCCUCAUCCUCUUCCUCACGCAGGCCCACUCCAGAAUCCCACAGGUGUCCUGGACCACAGUGGUGCUGAUCUUCAACACCAGCGCCACGUUACUCUACCUCGUGGCAGCGGUUGUCGAGGCAACGCUAGUGGGCCACGGGGUCAGAGGGCACCACAACUACAACAGCUGGGCUGCGUCCACGUUCUUCGCCUUCCUGGUGUCUCUGUGCUACGCUGGCAGUGCCUUCAUCGGCUUCAAGGCCUGGAGAGACAGAGGAGAGGAGUGAUGGGGGGGGG